UUGUUGGCAGGAGAGAUGCUAUAUAACGCAGCGCGGGCCUUGACGAGAAUCUCACUUGUUCUACUGUGUCGUCGAAUCAUCUGCGUCUUUCGAACACGAACUAUCUGUUUCUGGUUGCUGGUACUUAUACCGACCUGGUGUUCGAUUACAUUCAUCCUCGACGCGCUCGCAUGCACUCCAAUGCGCAUACUGCAUCCAGAUUUGGCCUACAAGUGUGUCCCGAGUUUCCAAAUCUGGACACUUAUAGCCGCUGCCGGGAUUGUUAUCGAUUUCGCUGUCAUUCUAGUCCCUCUGCCGAGCCUUUGGGCCUUGAAGAUAUCCAGAAAACGACGGAUUGCACUUGUUUUUGUAUUUGUCUUUGGAUUCGGUAUCACUACCAUUGUGGCGAUUGCCCGCAUAUUUAUGGUCAAAGGCGCAUCGUUCAGUAUAGAUAUUUCUUGGGGGUAUUCUGCCUUUGCGUACUUAAGCGUGAUCGAGGUCAAUAUGGGCAUAAUCUGCGCGUGUGUUAUUUUACUGCGUCCUUUACUC